AUGUCAGAUCAAGCGAAUCGAGUCGUGUACGUUGAACAAAGGCGGCACAUUGUCGUCAAUUCACCACCACAGUCACCAACACCAUUACAUCAUUUUCCUGUAAAUCAGUAUUCUUCUGCUUCUUCAUCUCAUCAUCCACCUACGAUUAAUCAAUCUCAACAACAGAUUUAUCAAAGAAAUACGACAAGAAGGAGAAAAAUGUUCUCGCAAAGAGCAUUUAAUGGAAUCGUUUUUUGUAUUCGAAUCUUUAUUUUAAUCCUUGCCAUAGUCUCCAUGAUUCUUGUUCUCACAGCGCCUGGAGCAUGCUUUUCAAGAUAUCUCAAUGGGCAGUCUAUUAGUAGAGAGAUUUGUCCCGGACAAAAUAGUAUUUUCCCAAUGAAUGCUGACCGAUGGAGUAAUGCCCUCCAUUUUCAAGGAAGGGGUCAAAACGUAUACGGUCAAGUUGCUCUAAUCUGUAUAACUCUUGCAUUUGGACUUAUAACAGUUGGAGUUAGCUGUGUCACAUUGGCCACUGGAAGCAUCCUCACUUAUCCGCAAAUUCUGAUUUCCGGUCUCUCGAUGGUUGCAUUCAUUGUAACUGGAGGAGUAGAGACAUGGUAUGCAACUGGAUAUGAUCAUAUGGAAUUUUUCAUUCAGGCAGUUGGAAAUGGAGUUUUCUCAGGUUGUGCUGGAAUUCCUGGAUGUCAAAUUCAAUUUGUUGUCAAAGGAUGGGCAGUUGCGGCGGCGUUCUACUUCCUUGGAGCACUUCUCUACGUAGUGGACAUGUCUCUAAUCUUCAUAUCUCGUGAAAAAGAAGUGUCGGAUUCAUAUGCAGUUACCACCACUACCACUCACUAUUAGACAACUCGCACAGGCCACUAAAAUCUGUGAGCCCGCACCUCCAGUCGUAUUUCGAGGCAAUCGUACCAUCCGAUCUUCAUUUUGAAUGAAUUCCAAAUUCCCAGGAAAUCGAUGAACAAGUAGGUACUCAGUCACACUGUCUCCUCUUCGUCUGAUCUACAGAAAUUGCGUGUCACGCUCCAAAUGUGACGUCAUAAUUAUCCAGAGCAUGAAUUCAGAUUACCGCAAUACCUGUAGAUCAAACGGUGAGUGCACGUGGUUUCGUCAUCAAUUUCUAAUUCUUUAUCCUUGUUGAAUACUAUCGUGAUUGUAUAAAUUGCUCACCUUCUCUUUUUUUUCUUUUCUUUUUCCUUUGAUUUCACCGUAAAAUCUUUCAAUUGUUGGCAUGCACUGACUUCAAAUAAACGUGUUCACAAAUUAUU